GGCUCCCCUCGUUCUGCUGCAGCUCCUCGGGACCUCCUCCUCCUGCUCCCAGCCUCCGGAGCCUCCACGCUGCCUCCUGACAUCCGAGAGGCUCGGCUGCAAGCCCGUCCUCGGCCUCAGUGUUUAUCCCGCUCCGGCCUGGCAACCAAGCGGAUUACCACAGGAAGGACGCCCCCCCCCCCCCCACACUCCCUCACCCCCAGCUUCCAGCAGAAUAACCGCUGCUUCUCUCUGACUUUUCUUCCUUUUUUCGCGACUGCAGGGGAAAACUUCUGGGAUAUGCGCCGCUUAUCUCUUUGCUUCAGCGUGAUUUAGCAGCUCCCUGACCUUUCACCUUUCUCGGAGGGGUUGUGCGCUCUAGCGAUGGAUCACACGCUGUUCGGCUGCCUGCGGAGCCCCCACAACCCCGCGCAGGGCCUGCACCCCGCCGCCUUCGCCCAGUCCCCCCUCACCUUGCACGGACGCUCGGACCACGUCUCCUACCCGGACCUGGCCUGCUCGUCGUCGUCCUCCUCGCCGUCCUCCACGUCCUCGCCCUCCACUUGCAUCGUCUCCGGCUACGUGCCCGAAGACAGCCUGUACCCCGGGACGCACCCCCACCACCAUCACCACCAGCACCCCCACCACCAGCACCACCGCGCCCACGUGCAGACGCAUCACGUGCCCGCCCAGCACCACGCCGCCUGGCACGUCCCCCAGAUGCCCUCGGCCGGCGGGGGUGUGCGGCCGGGCCUCUGCCACCCACACUCCCACCUGUCCCACGACAGCGGGCUGGCCCCCCUAGACCUGGGGCACCCCGGCGGGCCCGCCAUGUGCGCCACCACCCCCAGUCUGGGCGGAAGCAGCACCCCCACGGGGGCCUCCUGCACCCCCCUUGAGUUCGGCAGGCCGACGCCGUCGCCCGCCGAGGCCGAGAAGAGGAACGGCAAGAGGAAAAGUGACAGCUCAGAAUCCCAGGACGGGAGCUACAAGUCGGAUCUGAGCAGCAAGCCCAGGAAGGAGAGGACGGCCUUCACUAAGGAGCAGAUCCGGGAGCUGGAGGCCGAGUUCGCCCACCACAACUACCUGACCCGACUGAGGCGCUACGAGAUCGCCGUCAACCUGGACCUCACAGAGAGACAAGUAAAAGUGUGGUUCCAGAACCGGAGGAUGAAAUGGAAGCGCGUGAAGGGCGGCCAGCAGGGGGCGGCAGCCCGCGAGAAAGAACUGGUGAACGUGAAAAAGGGGACGCUGCUGCCGUCAGAGUUCUCCGGCAUGGCGGCCUUGCGUCACUCCACGGACUCCCUGGCCAACGACGACAGUCACGACAGCGACCAGAGCUCUGAGCACGCUCACUUAUGAUCGCUUUGGCAUCGGGAAGGGGGAGGCCCGAGUGACAUCGUCGUACAUAAAUGUGCAGAUGAGUAGCAGACGUACAUAUCAUGACGACGGAAGUAAGAAUGUUGUGAAUGUGAGCUUUUGGCGACGUGAGCGGUGUAAACAUUCCAUGUUUGAUUUCGCACUGCUGGACAACGCCAACACGCGGGUGACAUCCUAGUCAUGGGAACUCCCCCCCCCCCGGAGUCUUGUGUGACAUGAGGGUAAAGAGAUUUUGGUGAUUGCAGCAUCAGCGACCUCAUUGCUUUACAGAAUGGGUGUGCUUUUCUCUUAGGGAAGUCAACAUUUUGUCGCCCUCAGCGUUGCACUCCUAAUUUUGCUGUCCAUUUAAUAGUGAUGUGCGAGACCACUGAAUUUCUUACCGAUCUGAUACCAAGUAAAAUUCAGGCCGGUAUUGGCGAUACCGAUCCGAUACCAAUAUACCGAUACUUUGUGCAAAUAUACUGAACAUGUCUGCUAAAAUAUAUAAAAUUGUGUAUUUUCAAAUAAUAACAUUUCAAAAACUAUCAAAAAAACUAUCAGAAUGUAAUGGGAAAAUGCUGAAUUUUCUAAAUUAAUAAUUAAUAACAAUAUACUUAGUCACCUAUGAAUGUAUAUUGUAAAUAUAUAUUAUAUUUGGGUUUAAAAAAAAAAAAAAAUUCAAAAUGGUCCCUUCACACUUGACUCUUCAGAAUGUGGAUCCAACAAAUUAAAAGCUGUCAAAAUAAAAACAUUUUUUUUUUUUUUAAUAUAGACAAAGGUAAAAAAUACAUUUGAAAAUUUGCUAAAUUACAACAACCAUAUUAAACACUGUUAAAUGGGUAACUGAACAUUAAUAUUUUUUUACUGGCAGAAUUUUUGACACACUAAGUUAUGCAGUUACACAACUGUAAAUUUAAUAUUUUUAUUCUAUUUUUACAUGGGAAAAAAACAAUAGUAAAAAUGUAAGAAAAAAAGAGCCAAAAAAUCCGUUCUGUUAUGAGAAAUAACUGAAUUUUUUAAAAACUAAUAGGUCAUAAUAAUUGACUUAGUCACAUAUAAAUAUAUAUUAUGUUUUUUUUUAGCAUUUAAAAAAAAAUAUAUAUAUAUAUCCACAUGGCCACCCCAUACUUGACUUUUUAGGAUGCGAAAAACGUGGAAAAAGACACCCAUAAUCUGACACAUUAAAAGCUCUCAAAAUAAAAACCAAAUAUAUUUAAGCUACAAGCAAAGUUGAGUUAAGUAAUUAAGAAAUAAAAUAUUAACUUAUUAAUAAUUUGAAAAUUACAACAAAUACACUAAACACAGUUAAAUGUGUAACUGAACAUUAAUAGUUUCAUACAGGCAGGAUUUUUUUUCACACACGAGGUUAUGCAGUUACACAACUGUAUUAUUAUUAUCUUAUUCUAUUCUUACAUGUGGAAAAAAACAAUGGUAAAAAUGUAAGAAAAAAUAUUUUUUAAAAAUCGGUAUGUAAUGAGGAAAAGUGGAAAUAUUCUGACCAAUAAAUCAAUAAUAAUAUACUUAGACACAAUAUUUACUUUGAGCAUUUUUUAAACAAAAAAUUAUUUGUUUUUUGCAUAUUUUGACUUGCGGUAUUUGGUGGAAAAAGUUUGGACACCCCUGAACUAAUGUAUCAAAAGUAUUUUUGAUUUGAGGAUCGAUAUUAGAGCAUAAAGAUUUGGUAUCGGCGGUACUGAUAUUUCAAUAUUGAUUCGCACAUCACUACCAUUUAGCAGCUUGACAAGCUUUCAUCACAAUAAACACACAAUAAGUCUGGCCAAUUCUGCAAAUGUUGCAGUAACUGAUACCAAUAUGUUUUACUUGAAAAUGUUCAAGCUCCUUGACUGAUUUUGUGAUUUUUUUUGUAAUAACAAAAAACAACAGCAUUGUUAUCACGUCACAUAUUUGUGAACAUUUCAAUACGUUUUAAAUACAAUAUAAGACAAUGUAAUAAUAUCAGCAAAAUAAAAUGAUUCAUUUGACAUCUGGUUACAGUUGGAACAAAAUAAUUAACAAAAGCCAUUUUAAAGAAUAUAUUCACUCGAGGGAUCCUGAUCCGAUAUUGUUAUCGGUCCAGGAUCAUCAGAAAAAAAUCAGAUUAUAAUCGCUAGAAGCACUCUAAUACUGUACAAGCAGCCCUGCAGAGUCCAAACCUGGACAGUUUAUAGUAAACAUGGUGGACUACAGGCUACAAGGAGCUAGCAGCUACACAACAGCCAAGCACACAAUAGCACACAAGCUAGACAUACAUAAUCAGUAUCCUUAAUUAAACAAUAUUGCAGUCUCCAAAAGCACAUUUCUUCGUACAUACAAUUAUCAGACACUUGCAUAUUAUUUACACAUACAAAGUCUCCAAAGCAGAGGCGUAUUAGAAAGUAUUCAGUAACAAACGUGUCCACAUCAUUCAACUUGAGCCGAAAUUCAUGAAUUAAUGUGGCUACUAGGUGUCGCCGAAAGAACAACGGCCACUCCAGUUCAACUUAAAGACCGCAUGAAUCCAAUAAAUAAAUAGGUUAGUGUUUUUUUCAUUUUUCUACCAUUGUUCUACUUUUGACUAAUUUCACUUGAUUAAAGCUUUUCUUAACAUCCCAGACUACAAAAUAACACAAGUAUGAUUUAAAACGUUUGGACAAUGAAAAUAAGUCAGUUUUUUAAAUUAGUUUUUUAAAGUAAAAUUGGUACAGUUUCUUCUAUUUACAGUAAUUCACUGUAAAAACAAUGACCAUAUAACGGUAUAGCUCGGUUGGUAGAGCAGCCGUGCCAGCAACUUGAGGGUUCCGGGUUCAAGCGCAGCUUCCGCCAUCCUAGUCACUGCCGUUGUGUCCUUGGGCAAGACACUUUACCCACCUGCUCCCAGUACCACCCACACUGGUUUAAAUGUAACUUAUAAUUUGGGUUUCACUAUGUAAAAGCGCUUUGAGUCAAUCGAGAAAAGCGCUAUAUAAAUAUAAUUCACUUCACUUCACAAUAAAGGUUAAAACUGGCUGCUCAGUCGACAGAAUUUUACCGUGGUUUAUUUUACAUUUUAGUAAUUCGAUGCAAAAACCAUCGUAGAUUUGACAGUAAAAUUCUGGCGACUUCGCUACCAGUUUUUUUUUUUUUACCAUAAAAUCGACAUUUUUUUUUUUUAGUACUGAUAAUAAUGCUAUUUGGGAGAUUGUGUAUGCUUUAAAGACACACAUUGAGUUAGAAAUGUAAAAACAUUUGAAACCUGACAAUACAGAGGGGCUGUAAAUCUUCGGGCACCACACGAUUUAAUUUGAUUCUUACAGGGAACGAUUCGAUUCAGAAUCGAUUCUCGAUUCAAAACGAUACUCAAUUGAAAAUCCAUAUUUAAUAAUACUUAAACUUAUUAAUAACAUUGGGUGCCAGUUCUGCGAUGAGGUGGCGACUUGUCCAGGGUGUACGCCGCCUUCCGCCCGAUUGUAGCUGAGAUAGGCACCAGCGCCCCCCGCGAUCCCAAAGGGAAUAAGCAGUAGAAAAUGGAUGGAUGGAUGGGUGCCAGUUCUAUGAUUAAGUACAUUCCUCUAUAAAAUACAUAAACAGUACUGAUAAAUGUUUAUAUUACUUAAAAGAAAACUAGUUUUGUUGAAUAAAAUUCUACUCAAACAUGUAAUAAAGUCAAAUACAAAUAAGGCAACAAGAGAAGUAUACAACAUUUCUUUUUUCUGAGGUAAACACAGGCUUUUACAUCAACAAUAGGAUGUUCCUGGCUACGCAGGACAGAGUUAAAAAUUCAAAAUAAAGUAGAUUUUAGAUUUUUUUUUUUUAACUAAUUAACAAUUUUUACAAAUAAGAAUCACGAUUCAUUUGAAAAUCAAUUUUUUUUGUCACCCGUAUUCGUCAUCAACAGCAUGUUGAGUUAAUAACUGAUCAAAAUAUACAGUCAAUGGUGUGCGGUUCAUAAACAACACUGAUGAUGACUUGAUAUAAACGGCAUUUUUUUUCAGGCAACUGUACAACAACAACAAAAAAAGUUCCAGCAGAAACUUGCUGAUUUUACGACUAAUAUCUCCCUGAGACUGCAACAUGCUGUGAAGGUGCUGGGGUUGGCGGCGAGCUUCGUGCUAAGUUUACAGUGUGUGGACUCCUGGCAGGACUCCGAGAGAAAAGCUAUAAAGGAUCAAAUUCUGCUCCUGCGUGCCCGUGAUGAAAAUAAUUUCACGGCCUGAUCUUAUCUUUCGCCACGCCCAGACCGAGCAGGACAAUUUCACCUCCAAUUUUGAGAAUAAUCUGCAUUUUCUUGUUGUUGGUUUUUUUCGGUGGGGGGAGACUUGUGAGUAAGAAAGUGCAAUUAACAAUGGUCAUUAAAUGGCAAUCAUUGGCGUGUCACAAGGCUGCAUGCGCUCUCACAUUUUCACUCACGCUGUGAAAGGUCGAUUACGGAAUGUGAUGCAAAACAUACAAUGAUAAUGUCAUCCAUGGUGACAGGUGUUGUAUUAAACAUAUAACAACAAAUA